GACGGAGUGUCUCCUCCGUGCGAACUUGCUGGUGUCGGAGUGUCAGUUGUUCUUGCAGGCUUUUUUUAUGUGGAGCGCGUUGGACUUAUUUUGGACUAAUGAAUGAAGAAAAGACACUAAGAUAAGUACAUUCUCAGCACCUUUGUGUAGAGAGACAAAGGCAUUUACCUGGGAGCGAAAGUGCACACUUUUGCGUGCGAACUUUGUUUUGUUUGUUUUUAAAUUACAUAAUAUCCAAAUAUUUUUUUGAGGCUUUCUCUAAACAAGGUGUUUUCAAUGUGAUUUUGACACCUGAAAGUGGUAGGAGGAGUUAAAAGUUUUCAAUGCAUUUUGAAUGAAAGCGGCACAGACAGGAGGAGGCUGCCAUGGAAUGUUCUGAAAUCCGACUGUGGACGCUAUCAGCUGGGAUGCAAAAUGCACCUGAGCCGCGCUGUUUGACACCAUGAGAAGACAACCAAAGAGCGCGUGACUUUUUCCUAGUGUCCACCAUCAUGUCCUCCUCGUCCAUUGCAAGGAAGCUGACUUUCUGCGAGGCCCUGACCUUUGUUCUGCUGCUCGUCGCUCCCGCCUGCCUGUGCUCCCUGCAGAGUGUUCAGGCUUCGUGGAGUUCUGCAUGGGAUCCCUAUAGUGAAGGCUCGUUGGGCCAUCCUGCACGAACCCGACGCCAGCUGAACUUUAGGAACGAAUGGGCAAGCUGGAGCGGCUGGUCCGUGUGCUCACGAAGCUGUGGAUCUGGUGCUUCUGUGCGUACACGAACCUGUAUCACCAGAAACCCAGUGGGUGGACCAUGUGGAGGCGAUUCAAGACAAUACAAGAUCUGCAACACUAAGGAGUGCCCUCCUGACUCGCAAGAUUUCCGAGAAAUGCAGUGUGCUGCUUUCAAUGACAGACAGUUGAUGAUGGGAAAUUCCUUCAGAUGGACUACCUUUCAUGGAGGCUCCAACCCCUGUGAGCUCAGCUGCCUAGCCCUGGGUCAUAACUUCUACUACAACUUUGGACGUGUACUUGAUGGCACAGCCUGUGAGAAAGUACCUGGAGCUGUGUGUGUCAACGGACGCUGUCUGAAACCUGGCUGUGAUUCCAUCUUGGGUUCAAAGGAGCAAGAGGACGCCUGCAUGGUCUGUGGAGGGAAAAACACCACCUGCCUUCAUCACAGGAGUGUUUACCAGAGCAACAGCCUGGAGGCAGGAGGACCCUUGGGAUACAACGAAGUAGCCAAGAUACCAGCUGGAGCCACUCACAUCCGAGUCACGGAUAACAGCAGGAAUUAUCUCGCUCUCCAGAAUGGUCGCUCCCAGUUUGUCAUCAAUGGUAACUGGAAGAUUAGUGUCCCGGGCGAGUACAAUAUAGCUGGGACCAAACUUCUAUACCGGCGGUCGGCUGACACCUGGGAGAGCUUUGAGGUUCCGGGGCCAACCCAGGAAGACUUGCGUCUGAUGGUUCUUGCCACCGACAGAAAUCCAGGCAUCGAGUAUGAGUACUGGUUACCCCCAGACCAGUAUGACCUCCACCAUGGGAGAAGUCCACUGCGUCAAGCUCAUCACAGUCCGAGCUACCUCCCGUGGGAGCAACCCACCAUUAAAACCACUACCACCACAACCAGCACUACGCGGCCUCCUCCAGUGAGCAGCCGUCCCCACUGGCUUGUAAGGCCUCUGAAGCCACCACGGCAACCUUCCCGCCAUCCCAUUUUGCCUCGUCUGGAACGAGAGGAGAACCAUAGAAACCUGCUUCCUCAACCCUCGCCUGGACGGCAUUGUGGGAAAUGCCGGAGGGUUAAAGGUCGACGAGAGCGCCAGAGGCAGUAUUGCCGGAAGGAUUUUAUUUUUCGGGCCAGAGUCUUGGGGAAGCUAUACAGAGGAGAAGAGACGCGUUACGACGUCCAGAUCCUCCAUUCUUACCGGAACAGCUUCCGCCUGGAGCACCGUGAGUUCCUUUGGGUCCCAAAUGUGUGUGACUGCCCCAACCUUGAGCGAGGCAAGCAGUACAUACUGAUGGUGCGCCGACACAUUAACUAUGAGCAUACGCUGAACCGCAUCCUGCUGGAGGAGGACAGCUACGUGGUACCGUACAGACCCAGAGAGGACGAGCUGGUGCGGCAACUGGAGAGGCUGUGCAACAACAGUGGACAGAAAUAUCCAGCAACAUAAACUGACUGACAACAGCUGAACUUUUGCGUUCAUCAAAUCAAGGCUUGCUGAAUACCAGAGCGUUGUCACUGGAGAGGAAUGCCCACCACUCUCUAUAGUAAAAAACCAAAGUUUAUUUAAAAGCCUGCAUGGUUUACUAUUAUAUAGAGCACUUUAGGUGGACACCUGCAGCCACCUGUAAACACAUACCAAAGAGCAUUGAAAUUGCUGAUUUUCUUUUUGUUAACUUUAUUCACAUUAUUGUUGUUGCCAACUUUGAGGAAAAUCCACUUUACAAUCAUGGUAUCCUGACUCAAUAGGUUUUGAAUGACACCUUUGUAAGCAUUCCUAUAGGAUCUAUAACAAACUAACGUCACCAACUUCAUUUGACAAGAUCAAGCGGAAACCCCACUUUAUUGUUAUAUAUUUGAUGUUCUUGUAUUGUAUUUUAAAGUGAAAUACAUAUCAUUAAGACACUAAUCCGUAACUAGAACAAGUUUUAAUUUUAAUGUUUGAAGAAUUGAAACACAGUGUAAACACCCUUAAAGGGGAAGUCAACUCCACCUUGUCUUUACAAUAACAUGUUGUGUAUGCCCCCACUAGUCUAAACACACCAUUCUGACAAAUAUUAUGUUUUAUAAGCAGCAAAAUUCACCUGUUUUUAUCUACCAAUGAGGCCAGCCAUUUUGUCACUUGCUGUCGACUGACAAUUACAUCACAGUUGCCAGGUCUCAGUGUCACGUCCGUGCCAGAGCACCUCGGCCGGCAACUUCCCUCAGCCACACUCCAUCCAUCCAUCCAUCCAUCCAUCCAUCCAUCCAUCCACUUUCUCUCACUCAUCCGGGGUCAGCUCGUGGGGGCAGCAGCAUUCUCAUCCUGAAGCCCAAACUUCCCUCUCCCCAGCCACUUUGUCCAGCUCAUCCCAAGGCGUUCCCAGGCCAGCUUGGAGACAGACUUAGACUUAGACUCAACUUUAUUCAUCCCUUGGGAUUGCUCCCGCAGGAAAUUCAGAAAUACAUACAGAAAUACUGCAAAAGACAACAUUGCACAUGAGUAACAAACAAAGAAGAGAGCAGUGAAUAAAGCGUAUAGCAAUAAAUAAAGUGUUGAGUAAGAAAUAAAUAACAAUAAUAAUAAAUAAGUAAAUAAAAUAAUGGCAGGUCAGAUGUUAUUGCCCAAGCCACCUCAUCUGGCGCCUCUCAACGUGGAGCGUUGACUGAGCUUCUCAAGUGGAUUUUGCCUAUUUAAUUUAUAUUCCACAAACAAAAUAUUAAUCAGAACACUGACGAGUUGGGCUGCAGAGAACAUAUUCGAAAGAAGUUGACUUCCCCCUUAAUAUUGGGGCAUCAAUCAUUUUAUAUUCGUUGUUUAAGUCAAGUGCAGAGCAGCUAAUUCUCCAUUUCCUAAAACUUUGCCUUAUUUGGUGUUGCAUGUGACAUUUAUGACUUGUAAUUACACAAAACCAAAGUUUAUAUUAGUGUGUUUGACCGUGUACUCUUCUAUUUAUAUGACAUCAAUUUGAACACAAAACCAAAUAGAUGUAAUUAUGCUUUGCAAAAUUGCAACUGUGAUUUUAUAACAAGAAACUUCCUCACUAAGUUGAACGGGCUUUGUGAGGUGGAUUUUUUCUUUUACCCAUUGCUCAAGCUUUGUAAUAUGGCUUUACAAUACUUAUUUACAUUUAUGUUUGUUUAUAAGCGUCAACCAAAACGCUUUGCAGAAAACUCGUGUGACUUUGUUGUAUUUUAUUGGAUAGCACUGUUUCACUGCAGUUUUUGUGUGCCCAUUGUAUUCUAAAGGACAUUUUACUUCAUAAACCUCAUCCGUGUGCCAAAAUAAUACAUACAGUAAUUGGAAUUAAACCUUUUUUCAAAUAAUUAAUAUUUGAGCUCCACUGACAUGUCUGUAGAUAGAAUGGGCCUCGAAAGACAUCGGGACAAUAACAACUAUGUCAGAUCAUGGGUUGAAUCUUAAAAAUUACUUUUAUCGAUUCAACAUUAAUGCUUCAGAAUUCCUUUUUUUUUUUUAUUGAAAAACAACUUGCAAAUGUCUAAUAAUGGCUGCUAUUCAUUAACGACAAAAAUGAAGAAGACAGAAGGCAAGCAUGAUUUGCAAAAAACGUAUAUAUUUUUUUAAAUGAGUAAACUCUACAAUGGUGGAUACUUGCUACUGAACUACAGAUACUUAGACUGAGCCACUGCUGUUCAUCAAUUGUGGGUCAUCACAGUCAGGCUGGGGCUCCCUUCAGUAGCAGUGUGACAUGAGUAACACCAAUCAACCUCAACAGGAAUUGCCUUCCAGGCUAGGAAAUACUUAACACAGGAUUUUUUUUUUUUUCUCAUAUGAUAUCACUAGGAAAAUGAAGCGCACUGCUACUUACUGCAUCAUGUCCAAACACAGAGGAAUUGAGCAAAAAUAAAUCUCAAAUGGAAUAAUAAAUUGUUUUGAUAAUAAUAAUCAUAAAAUACCUCUUU